GUUAGUCGUAAUACCCAUGCUGCUUGAGAUAUAGUUGACAUGAAGAGAAUAAAACAAAAAUUAUUCAAUAUUAACAGUAAUCAUAAGGAAAGAGAAGACCCUGUUGAUCUUACGAAGGACCUCGUUGAUGCCGUGAGAAGCGGGAACGCCGAGGGGAUUUCCUCCGCUCUCUCCCGCGGUGCCGAUCAGCAUCUCAUCCUCCCUGAAGAUGACCCCGAUGACCCCGGGGGAUCCUUGUUGACCCUGGCAGCUAGGUUAGGUCACGCCAUCGCCGUAUCGCUCCUUCUGGAGGCCGGAACACAUGUAGACCACAGAGGACGUGGCUCCCGAACGCCGCUCUACUGCGCCGCUUACAUGGGGCACGCAGACAUCGUGGAGAAAUUGGUGGCAGCAGGAGCAUUACUGGAGGCGAAAGAGGCAGACUUUGCUUGCACACCUCUACAUGUGGCAGCUCAGGAAGGUCACCCCACCUGCAUCCAGAUGCUUGUGAAUGCCGGAGCAGACAUGUAUGCCCGGAAUAUCUGGGCCAGCAUUCCACUACAUCGUGCUGCCAUGAACAACAAACCUGAGGCCAUCAUGAAACUGAUAGAGUGUGGCUGUGACCUCCAAGUCAAAACCAAGUGUGGAAAGACAGCACUGCACAUUGCUGCUCUUGGCGGUGGCCUGGAUUCAGUGAAAUUCCUUGUCCUGAAAAAUUUGAGCUAUCAUGAGAAGGAUGGAGAGGGUUUUUCAGCACUUGACAUAGCUAGAGUACAUAGUCAUCACGAAGUUGAAUGGUGGUUCCUCAAAAACCCUUCCCCUGAAGUCAUGCGUCUUCCCAUGGCCGUAUCCAAAGCAACAGACUCGGAAUGCUCCUCUUCUAGCUUACCUGGAGAUGGGUCUCCACCAGACCCAUCCUCAGUCUCUCCCGCUACACAGAUUGCAGCCACAGUUACCUAUCACUCAGGUGCAGAAAAUACAGAUGUUAUUUCAAAUGAUGGGGCAAAACCAGAUAAUACAAAGGUCACCACACAAACUAACACAGACACAGAAGGCAAAGUAAAAAAUACUGAUGAAACCGCAGCUGAUAAAAUUUCAGUUACCAUCAAAAAAGCAGUCACCACAUUAAAGCCAAAGAUUUCCCCUGACACUCGGCACAUUAUGGCAACCAAAAGCUUGCGAAUUGAAGAAGAGCUUUCGAAAAGUAUCCUUGAAUAUAUAAGGAGAGGAGCUAGUCAUCUGCUCAUCAACAUCCACCACAGUCACGAUGGUCACUAACAAGAUAAGAAUGGACUAACGCCUCUUCAC